GAUGAAGAUCAUUAUAUUAUUCUUAUUAUUAGCCCUUUAUGGUUGUGUAAAGUUUGAUAUAACUGAGAUGUGCGCUUGUAAUGAAUAUGAUAAGUUAUCCUGUACUGGCGUGUUCUACUGUUCUUGGAAUGGGUCUUCUUGUGUAGAUUUAGAGUGCAAAUACAAGGAAGAAUACUUUUGUUCGGAACCCCUUUUAACAUAUUUUAAAUGUAAAUGGAAUGAUUCUGCCAAAAUUUGUGAAGAUCAUACUUAUUAAUGUAGUGAGAUGACAAUGGAUUCAUGUUUUUCUUUUAUUUUUGGAAUGAACUGUAUGUGGUAAGAUGACAAAUGCAAGCCACAAGAUUGUACAUAAGAUAAUAAUUGCAAUCCUCUAUAAUGUUCUAUAGAUUAAGGAAAAUGUGGUUCAAAAAUUGAUAAUUUAGAAUGUUCAUCCAGAAGUACAGAAAAAUGUGCAGCAACAGAUGGAAACGGUAAUGCUUGCACUCCGAAUGAUAAAUAAGAAUGCAAGGAAUAUCGUGUUUUGAGUUCCUCUUGUUCAGAUUAUGAAGAUAGAUUAGUUGCAUGCAAUGCAAUGUGUUACUAUGAUACAAAAUCAAAUUCUUGCAUUCCUAAAGAGUGUAAAUAAAUAACUAAAGAAGAGGAUUGUCGCUAUAUGACACUUGAUAUACCAUCUUUAUAAGCUAUUCCAUGCUAAUGGUCUAAUGGUUCUUGCAAAGAACUUGAAAAUGAAGAAAUUGAAAAACUUCAAUUAUUAGAUUGUAUUAAGUAUGGAAUGCUACAUUAUACUUGGUAAAGCUCUACUUCAAAAUGUUAAUAAUGUAAUUCCUUUGUAAAAAACCCAAAUUAUGCAUAUUAUGAAGAAUUAAUGUAUGGAAUUGAAUUUUUUAAAUUGUUGUCACUAUCAGUGGUCCUUUUAAUAUGA